AUGCCGCCGCGACGGUCGGCGCGGUCGAAAUCGCCGGCGAAAGCGACGAAGGAUGCGAUUGCGAACGCGGCGGCGGACGCGACGGCGACGAAACGACGACCGGACGCGCGCGAGGCGACGGACGAGGGCGCGCGGACGGUGAAAGCGGCGCGAACGGCGCGAGGGACGGCGGCGGGGCGGGGGAGCGCGCGUGGGGGGGGUAGUAGAGGGUUGACGACGCGCGCGAUCGAGGACGACGCGCUGUUCGCGACGGCGCGAGAGACGUGGCGGCGAAACGACGGCGAAGCGGCGUACGACGGCGAGGUGGUGCGAAAGAUUUACGAGGAGGAGCUUGGGGGGGGGAGAGCGGCGGCGGCGACGGGGCGAUUGCAGGUUUUGGACGCGACGGGGUACGCGGAACGGUUUCUCGCCGUCGGCGCGCGCGAUCGAGGGAAUUGCGAUCGAGCGCUCGUGAUGUCGGUGAUUUUAGGGGUGAAUGAAAAGUUUCGACAAGGCGUGGACGGAUUCGGGGCGUUCGCGGGAGAGGAAGGCGCGACGGCGUUUCGGAACGCGCUCGAGAGCGCGCUCGACGCGUACGCGUCGUUGACGACGAUCGAGAAGACGGCGUGCUUGAUGUUCCUCAUCAAGACGUUUGCGAGUUUGGAAAACGAAGCCGUGCGCGCGGUUGCGCUGCCGUUGGUGUCGCUGCCGCUGUGGAACAAACUCAGCGAAGGGCGUUUGCAAUUGGAAUUGACCAAGCACGAGUCGCUCGCGAAGCAUCACUCGAAAAUGUUGAAAAAGGAAGCCAAGACGGCGAAAAAGGCGGCCGAAGCGGGAGAAGCGCACGUGCCGAUCGGAGAACGCCGCGAGUCGUGCUGGCUCGUGCGCGUGAUUGAUGAUUUCGUGUCGUACGCCUCGGACGCGACGGACGAGGACGGCGUGCGCUUUUGCGAACGGUUCAUGGAGUUGGUGAUUGAUUUACUCUCUCAGCUCCCCACGCGUCGCUUCACGCGCACGCUCAUGAGCGACAAGGCGUUGCUCGUGAAAGCACGCAUGGUUCCGUUGUACACGGCCCCGAACGGUCGCCUGUACGCGCAGUUGGUCGAUUUGUUCACAUUUUACCAGUACUUUGAAAUCGACGAUCACACGGGCGCGGCGCUCAAAGACGAAGAAGUCGCGUCCGCACACUACGAUCGCUUGCUUCAGCUGCAAAGGUUAGCGUUCAAGUACAUCCCAAAGUUGAAAGAUCUCGCGCUCGGGAACUGCGCUGGGAUCGAGAGAAGAAAGAACUUGAUUCAGCACCUCGCCGUGCUCGAGCCCGAGGAGUUGUUCAAGCUCGUCACAGCGCAGCUUCGUUUGGUGGAUCCGAAUGAUCCGUGGGCGAAGGACCCGAAAUUUUUGUUAGAGGUCAUGGUCAACGUGUUCGAAAAAAGGCGCAGUCAGCGCCAGAUGAUAAACUCCAUGCCGCUCUACCCGAACGAGGACGUUUUGUGGAACGAAAACAUCAUUCCGAGCAUCGAGUACGACGGUCAGGGCGCGUUGGCGUUGCCCAAACUCAACUUGCAGUUUUUGACCAUGCACGAUUACUUGCUUCGAAAUUUCAACUUGUUCCGCCUGGAAGCGACGUAUGAAAUUCGCGAGGACCUAGCUGAUGUGUUGAAGCGCAUGCAGCCCGUCGGCGAUGGCAGCGGUGCUCGCGCGCGUUUCAACGGCUGGGCGCGUAUGGCGAUAGAAAUUCCUUCUAACGGCGUCGAAGUCGUUGAGGUAUGUAAGCCGAACGUCGGUGAAUCGAAGCCUGCCGCGGUGACGAUUGAGGUUUCAGUGGACUUUAAAAAUGCGCGUCCUGACGUGCGAGAGGAAUGGGAUCGAUUGCGCGUGCAUGACGUCGUCUUUAUGCUCGACUGCGAGGGCGUCGGUCCGAGCUCGAGCGAAGCUAAGAAUCCUGGAGAAAAGUUCGGUCUUCGCCACGUGCGCGGUGCCGAAGUGAUUGAUAUUCGUGAUGGGUAUGGGACGUACUUGAAAGAGUUUAGGUCAAGAAAUCCGAACCCACGCGAAGACGACAAGCCACCGAAAACCGUCACCGGAACGCGUCGCAUCUUUACGCUUGCGCUCGACACGGCGCAGUAUCAAAUGGACGUGAACAAGCAGAAAGAAGGAGGCGAAAACGUCUACAAUCGACUGAACGUGCUCGUUCGCCGCGAAGCGAAAGAAAAUAACUUCAAGGCGAUCCUGGCGUGCAUUCGAGACUUGAUGAACACCGACGUCAGCGUUCCAGAGUGGCUGCACGACGUGUUUUUGGGUUACGGCGAUCCCUCCGCCGCUGCGUUGUUGAACACACACGAAGCCUUGCACACGAUUGAUUUCAAAGACACUUUCUUGGAUGAGCAACACCUAGUGGAAUCGUUCCCGAAUCAUAAAGUUUCGUGGAAGAACAAGGCGAAGAAGCACAUCGCACCAUUUCGCGUCACGUUUCCGAAACCGGAAGACGAGACUCAAGACACAAUUGAAGUGGAAUCGUACGUCCGUCCUGAUCCCGGUCCGUAUCCGGAAGAUCAGCCGAACACGAACCAAGUUCGUUUCACGCCCGUACAAGUUGAAGCGAUUCGCGCCGGGUUAAACCCGGGAUUGACCAUGGUCGUCGGUCCGCCCGGUACGGGGAAGACGGAUACGGCGGCGCAAAUCAUGCACUGCCUGUACCACAACGAGCCGGGUCAGCGUACGCUUCUCAUCACGCAUUCCAACGCGGCGCUGAACGACUUAUUCAUCAAGCUUCUUCAGCGCGAUGUCCCAGCGCGCUAUUUGUUGCGUCUCGGCCAAGGCGAAUCCGAACUCGACACAGACUUGAGUUUUACUCGCGCCGGCCGCGUCGACGCCAUGUUGACCAAGCGCUUGGAGAUUUUGGCUGAAGUCGAAAAGCUCGCGGAUUCGAUCGGGCUCAAUGGUGAGGAUGUUGCGUACACGUGUGAAACUGCGGGAUUCUUUUGGAAAAUUCACGUGCUGGCGAAGUGGGAAAAGUUCACCGCCGACUUUGAUGCGAGCGACGAAAAGAACUUCGUGGAGACGUCGUUCCCAUUUAAGGAUUAUUUCGCCUCGGCGCCGAACCAGCCACUUUUCUUGGGCAAAGACAAAGAAGAAGACUUUUCGCGCGCAAAAGGCUGCAUGCGGCAUCUGCAGGUGAUGUUCACCGCCUUGGAAGAGUGUCGGGCGUUCGAAUUACUUCGUACGCAAGGCGACCGCUCCGAGUACUUGCUCACCAAGCAAGCGAAGAUCAUCGCCAUGACGUGCACGCACGCCGCGUUGAAGAGACAUGAUUUCAUCAAGCAGAGCUUGCGAUACGACAACUUGAUCAUCGAAGAAGGCGCUCAGAUUCUCGAAAUCGAAACCUUCAUACCGAUGUUACUUCAGAAGAAUGAAGACGGUCACUCGCGUCUCAAGCGCGUCGUCAUGAUUGGCGAUCACAACCAGCUUCCACCCGUGGUGAAGCACAUGGCGUUUCAAAAGUAUUCGAACAUGGAUCAAUCCAUGUUCGCUCGCUUCGUGCGUUUGGGUACGCCGUACACGCAGCUUGACGCGCAAGGUCGUGCGCGCACCGAGUUGGCCAACUUGUACAACUGGCGUUACAAAAACUUGGGCAACCUCCCGAACACGCAAACGGGGCCGUACACGCUCGCGAACGCGGGAUUCGCCCAUCCGUUGCAAUUCGUGGAUGUUCGUGGAGAAGAGUCGACACCGACGCCGUUCUUCUACCAGAAUCUCACCGAAGCGGAGUAUAUCGUCAGCGUGUACCAAUACAUGCGCAUGUGCGGCUACCCGGCUGAGAAGAUUUCCAUCUUGACGACGUACAACGGGCAAAAGAAUUUGCUUUGCGACGUCGUGAAUCAAAGGUGCACGAAUCACCCGUUAUUCGGCGCGCCCGCUCACGUCACGACCGUGGACAAGUUCCAAGGCCAACAAAACGACUUCAUUUUGCUUUCGUUGGUGCGCAGCAAGACUGUCGGUCACUUGCGAGACGUCCGUCGUAUGGUCGUUGCGUUUUCGCGCGCGCGAUUCGGCUUGUACGUCUUCGGCAACUGCGACAUGUUCUCCGAGUGUUUCGAGUUAGCGCCGGCGUUCGAGACGCUGGCCAAGUACCCUACCACACUCGAAUUGUGUGUGGGCGAAAAGUACGGCGCGUGCGAUCGCAAGACGAGCGAUCAAGGCGAAAAUACCGAAACAAUCGCCGACGGCGCCGCCAUGGGUUCGGCGGUAAACACGCUUGCGUCGCAGUGGCAAGCGAGCCAAAUGGCGGUGCACGCCAAAAAAUAG